AUGUCAGGUAGCUAUUAUAACCAUUCAUACAGCCAGGAACAGCACCAAGGGUUGAUCAAUCUAGUCAUCUCUACACUGGACACUCCAGAGGAGCCCACGAUCGUUUCGAAACAUUAUUCAAACGAGAGGAAUAUCGCUAGUGAGAUUCAGGCGUACGCUAAGAUUUCGGGGAGAGAUUGGACAUAUUACGUGAAAAACUUGGAGGUCUCCAUAGGGAGAGACACGGAGAGUAAUUUCGAUGUCUUGCCGCCACUGAAUGACGCCCAUGGGGGGGCAGAGACUGCGGAUGGUGUAGGGAUCGAUUUGGGUCCAGCGAAAGUCGUUUCGAGGAAACAUGCAUUUGUGAAAUAUAAUAUACAAGCCGGUUGUUGGGAGUUACAUGUCGCCGGUAGGAAUGGUGCCAAAGUGAAUUUCCAAAGAGUACACUCGGGUCCCAAUGCACCACCGGUGCCACUGACUUCAGGUACGAUACUGGACAUAGGUGGUACGCAGAUGAUAUUUAUACUGCCGGACCAGACACCUGUACUGUCUGACCUUGCUAUAGAGAACGUUAUCCCCAAACUUGUCAGUGUGUGUGGUGCAGAUGGUAACACAAACAACAGACUCAUCAAUGAUCUCAUUAAAAACUCGAAAUACGCCAACCAAGAUAUCGAUCAGCGAUUACGACAACAGAACCAAGAUGGUAGUUACAACCAACAAGAUCAAGUUCGUAUCUUCAAAAUGUACAGCAGUACAAGCCCAAACCAAUCACAAUUCCAAAAUUUCAACGGUAAUGGACAAUUUGUGCCCCAGACAGAACUGUCUGGUCCCACCACAAUCGUCAAUAGAGAAUUUUUGAGUUCUAACAACUCGCAACAGAUGAAGAACUCAACAGCGGUAAACUUACAAAGACUCAACGCAUUGACCGUGAAUGGGUUCCCACACGCAAUGGAUUUUGCUACCGAUUUAUCCCUAGAUGAGAACAGGACAGUGAAACCACCACAUUCAUACGCUACAAUGAUCACACAGGCAAUACUGUCCAGUGCAGAAGGUAUCAUCUCCUUAGCCGAUAUUUACAGAUUCAUCUCCACCAAUUAUGCAUACUACAGGUUCGCAAAGACAGGAUGGCAAAACUCGAUUAGGCACAAUCUGUCCCUAAACAAAGCCUUUGAGAAAGUCCCCAGAAGACCGAAUGAGCCGGGGAAAGGUAUGAAGUGGCGCAUCAGUGAGACGUUCCAGACAGAGUUCUUGGACGCUUGGUAUACGGGGAAACUAGCCAAGAUUAAGAGAGGGUCAUCCGUAUUCAGACAGUUGCAAAUGCAUAUGUCGAAAUAUAACCAACUACCUGGACAGAAAGAGUCAGGUGAUAGGGAAAGGGGCCAUUCCACAACAUCCAGUAUGAGUUCCGCCAACUCGAGGAAGACUGACCCUAUAAGCUCUGCUACAAGCAGUAACAUGAACCCGCUACAACACCCACUACCCCCACUGGCACCACCAUACCAUCAACAAAAUCAACUACCACAUAUUGAUGCACAGAAUGGGGUACAAGAGGCGGUAAACGGUGGUAAUGCUCCAACUUACGGUCCGAAUCCCAGUGAAACCCCCAAGAUGAAUGAUAAAAACAACACUACUAAUGCUAGUGGACGAAUGUUGCCCUUCGUGACGAAGAAUACUAACGAAACUGCUAACGGCAUGGAACGAGGCACCAGGGCCGUAGAGACGAUCAAUACCAUCCUCCCCAGUAUAACGACAUCUAUCGCAGGGUUGGGACCUUCGCACUCUGCAUCCUCCUCGGGGGCUAGUCUGCUGACAAUGCCGACGUCAAACAAUGGUUCUCGCGUAUCUCUAUCGGGGGGCACCUCGGCCUCUGGUGGGCACACGGCGACAUCGACGAAUUCCGCUAACACGAUACAUGCGAACGGUGGUCCCUCAGCUGGUUACGACUCGCUGAUACGAUCGCCCACAAAGGCUUUCCAAGUCACUGCGAUGGAAGCGUACACCCCUGAGCGUGGUAGUGCUGUCAACCACCAGAACAAAUCUCCGAAAGAAUUGAACGAUGCAAUCUACGGUGAUUCCAAGAAACUCGGCGGCACGGGCACGAAAUUGACACCAUCUAGCAGCAAAUCACAGAACACAGUGAGGAGUUCCCCUGGCGUGUGGAAUCUACUCCAAUUUAGUUCCGUCAAUAGUACACCGGCGGUUAUAUCUGGUGCUGGGACGAAAAGUGACGAUGAGAGUGAUAAACGGCAAGACGCGAACGGCGAGACGCACGAUAUGGACGAGAAGGAUAUUGCUUCUCCCCCCCCUGAAGAGUCAAAGGCCUAA